AUGGCUUCUUCUGCCAACAAGCACUCGGACAAGCACGAGCACAACUACUCGAUCCUGCAGGCGUUCGAAUGGUACACCCAGGGCGAGGGCAAGCACUGGCAGUGGCUCGGUGACAAUGCCAAGCGCUUCGCCGACCUGGGCAUCACGGCCGUCUGGAUCCCGCCGCCCACCAAGGCUGCCUCAGCUUCCAGCACGGGCUACGACAUCUACGACACGUGGGACUUGGGCGAGUUCGCGCACCCCAGGGAUGAAAAGGCAGGCGUCCAGCCUCCGCACAGGACCAAGUACGGUACGCGCGAGCAGCUCGAAGCUGCUAUGCAGGAGCUGCGCAAGAACGGCAUCUCGAUCUACGUCGAUGCUGUCCUGAACCAUCGCAUGGGCGCCGACGAGCUGCAGACCUUCAAGGUUCGCAUGGUCGACCAGAACGACCGCAACAAGGUGGUCUCGGAACCUUACGACAUUCAAGGCUGGACCAAGUUCACCUUCCCUGGCCGAGGCGACAAGUACUCGAGCUUCAAGUGGGGGUUCGAACACUUUGCCGGCGUUGAUUGGGACCAGAAGACCGAGACCGACGCCAUCUUCCGGAUCGAAGGAGAGGGCAAGCACUGGGCCACGGACGUCGACAAGGAGAACGGCAACUAUGCCAUGCUCAUGGGUGCCGAUUGCGACCACGAGCAUCCCGAUGUGCGCAACGAUGUGCUCAACUGGGGAGCCUGGAUGAUGAGGAACUUUCCUAUUGCCGGUUUCCGCUUCGACGCGGUCAAGCACAUUUCUCGUCAGUUCAUCCACGACUUUGUCAAGCACAUCCGCCAAGAGGCGCGCAAGCUUCGCGAGGAACGAGGUGUCGAGCCCGCCGACGAGUCCGAGGGUCCCAUCGCCUUCAGCGUCGGCGAGUUCUGGAAGGAUAGCCUGGACUCGUGCCUCAAGUACCUCACCGACUUUGGCGACGAGCAGUUCUCGCUCUUUGACGCUCCGCUUCACUACAACUUCAAGGAAGCUGGAGACGCUGCCGAGAACUACGACCUUCGCAAGAUCUUUGACGGCACCAUCGUCCAGGCGCGACCCAUCGAUGCGGUCACGCUGGUCGAGAACCACGACACGCAGAAGGGCCAGGCGCUGGAAUCCACGGUGCCCGCCCAAUUCAAGCCGCUCGCCUACGCCCUCAUCCUCAUGCGCGUCGACGGAUACCCGUGCAUCUUCCUCGGCGACCUCGACGGCUGCAACCCCACCGGCAUCGAAAACGGCGAGGGCAAGGCCGAGCCCAUGGCCGACCUCGACAAGUUCCUCAAGGCGCGCAAGUACUACGCCUAUGGUGAACAGAGGGACUACUGGGACCAUGCCAACUGCAUCGCCUGGGUCCGCACCGGCACCAAGGCCGACGACGCCUCGGGCUACGAUGCGUCAGCCACCAUCAUCUGCAACGGCUCCGGCCAAGGCUCCAAGUGGGUCGAGGUCGGAAAGCAGUAUGUUGGCCAGAACUUUGUCGAUGUCAUUGGCUGGUUCCAGGGCGAGUCCAAGGUCAACGACGACGGCUGGGUCGAGAUCCACUGCCAUCCUCGCUCGGCUUCUGUUUGGGUGCCAGAGAACUCGAAGCAUCGCGAGAACUUCUGA